GGAGUCUGAAGCCUGAAGUCCGUCCGCUUCACUCUGCUCUGCUCCUGUUCAUCCACCCAGCAGCGCUGUACGUAUUCUUGUUCAGAAGUUACCUGGAAGCGCAUCUUCUUUUCAGACGGAAGGGUCACUGCCUCCGGCUCAUGUCGGCUCAGACGGGGAUAUGCUGUUGUCUGCUUGGGACUGGUAGUGCGGUUUCAUCAGUUAGGCUAGGAAUGCCUGUGUAAAGGGCUGGAAAUUUAUAUCAUCCUCUCGUAGCGCUCGUCCUUUUGCUGCCUAGCCCAGCGCUUUGCUAAGCGGCCUAAACGUACAAAAUGUCGACCAGAACGCCAUUGCCAACUGUUAAUGAGCGCGACACGGAGAAUCAUACAUCAGUGGACGGCUAUGUGGAACCCCCAGCACCUCCAGCAAAAUCGGCUAGUCGACAGAGUCUCCCACGAUGUCGGAACUCUGUGGCAUCUAUUACAGACGAACAGCCGCAUGUUGGCAACUACAGGUUACUGAAGACGAUUGGGAAGGGCAACUUCGCCAAAGUAAAGCUUGCGCGCCAUGUUUUAACAGGUCGUGAGGUUGCUGUAAAGAUUAUUGAUAAGACGCAGUUAAACCCCACUAGUUUACAAAAGCUUUUUCGUGAAGUACGAAUUAUGAAGAUUUUGAAUCACCCUAAUAUAGUUAAGUUAUUUGAAGUCAUUGAAACAGAGAAGACACUUUAUUUGAUAAUGGAGUAUGCCAGUGGAGGUGAAGUAUUUGACUACUUAGUUGCACAUGGAAGAAUGAAGGAGAAGGAAGCCAGGGCCAAGUUUCGACAGAUUGUGUCUGCAGUGCAAUAUUGCCAUCAGAAAAGGAUAGUCCACAGGGAUCUCAAGGCUGAGAACUUGCUUCUGGAUGCCGAUAUGAACAUAAAGAUUGCAGACUUUGGCUUCAGUAAUGAAUUCACCAUCGGGAGCAAGUUGGACACGUUCUGCGGCAGCCCUCCUUAUGCAGCUCCUGAGCUCUUUCAGGGCAAGAAGUACGAUGGCCCUGAAGUGGACGUCUGGAGCCUGGGUGUCAUUCUCUACACACUGGUCAGUGGGUCGCUGCCCUUUGAUGGACAGAAUUUAAAGGAGCUUAGAGAACGAGUGCUGAGAGGGAAGUACCGCAUCCCGUUCUAUAUGUCUACAGACUGUGAAAAUCUACUGAAGAAACUGCUGGUGCUAAACCCUGGCAAACGUGGCAGUCUAGAGCAAAUCAUGAAAGAUCACUGGAUGAAUGUCGGCCAUGAGGAGGAGGAGCUCAAACCCUACACAGAGCCUGAGCCAGACUUCAGUGAUACCAAACGAAUAGACCUGAUGAUCACAAUGGGUUUCCCCAAAGAUGAGAUCACUGAUUCUUUAGUGGGUCAGAAGUAUGAUGAUGUCAUGGCUACUUACUUACUUUUGGGCAGAAAACCUCCCGAGUUUGAAGGGAGCGAGUCGCUGUCCAGUACAAACCUGUGUCAGAGGCCACGACCCAGCAGUGAUCUGAACAACAGCUCCUCGCAGUCUCCAGCUCACUCCAAAGUUCAGCGCAGUAUUUCCGCCACACAGAAACAGCGCCGCUAUAGCGACCAUGUUGCCCCCUCCAUCCCACCAGCCAUGUCCUACACUAAACGUGUGCAGGCCAACAGUGUGGAGGUUGAGAAGAAGGAGGAGUGGGAGGCGGCACGCAAGCUCCCCGCCUCCAGCUCAAAGGGAGAUAUGGCCAUGUCGCCACUGACCGCACAGGAACGUAAGAAGUCCUCUACAGCCUCAGGGAAUAGUGCAGCUGGAGGGAUGACCCGGAGGAAUACGUAUGUGUGUGAGCGCUCCAGUACAGAUCGCUAUUCAGCCAUCGCCAACGGCAAGGACAGCAGUCUGACAGAGGUGUCUGCGUCUGGGAGCGGCACCUCUGUGUCUCCAGGAGCUUCGUCAGCACUGGCUUCAGCUAGGCCGCGUCAUGUGAAGUCCAUGUCCGCCUCAGGCCACCCUACCAAGUCUCCGCUGCCUCCCAUCGAGGAUAACACUGAGUUCAAGGGCUCUAGCUCUAGUGCCCGGGCUCCUGCUGCGUCUCCAUCGGCGCACAGCAUCAGCAGCACGACCCCAGACCGGACACGUUUCCCUCGAGGCAGUUCUAGCCGCAGCACUUUCCAUGGAGCUCAGCUUCGAGAUCGGCGCAGCGCCACCUACAACGGCCCACCAGCCUCACCCACGCUCUCCCAUGACACAGGGGCUCUGGCCCAGGCUCACAGGGGUACCUCCACUGGAAUCAUCAGCAAGAUUACAUCCAAGUUUGUGCGUAGAACUCUGUCUUUCAGGGCCUCGCAGAGGCUACCCAGUGAAGGAGAGGCCAGGGGCAGAGCAUACAGCUUGAGGAGCGGCUCCGGGGACCCUAAAGAGGAAAGCCGGGAGUCCAAGCCACGAUCACUGCGCUUCACGUGGAGCAUGAAGACCACGUCGGCCAUGGAGCCUGGAGACAUGAUGCGGGAGAUCCGUAAGGUGCUGGACGCCAACAACUGCGACUACGAGCAGCGCGAGCGCUUCCUGCUCUUCUGCGUGCAUGGUGAUGCCCGCCAGGACAGCCUCGUCCAGUGGGAGAUGGAAGUAUGCAAGUUGCCCCGUCUCUCUCUCAAUGGCGUGCGUUUCAAGCGUAUCUCGGGCACCUCCAUCGCCUUCAAGAACAUUGCGUCCAAAGUCGCCAACGAGCUGAAGCUGUGAUUGAGCUUUAAAAAUAAAAAAGGGAGUGAAUGCACUGAGAACUGUGCAAAAUGACCCAGAUCGAUGUGCUACGGUGGUCUCUACAUUCGCUAUGCGGUUGGGCGCCAUUUUGAGUUUAUGCUUUCUGAGGCUACUGCUGUAUUGUUUGGCCAGUGGAAAAAAAAAGAUUUAAAAAGGUAACCCUCCCUCGUAUCCAGUCUGACCCUGCUCUCAAGUUCUGCAUAUACACAAGGUUAGGAUAACCAUCUUUGCAAUAAUAUGAAAAACCCUUUCAGGAUCAGCAGAUUGGAGUUUCUUUGGCAGAAUUACCUUUGUAGGGUAAUACAGAGACUUUAGACGCUACUUUUUCCACAUGUACAGUUAAGAUACAGAAUGUUUUGUUGAAUUGUUCAUAGAGUUGUAUAAUACAAGACUCUUUCAGCCUAAGUAUGUGAAGGUAUUGUAUAGUCUUGAUUUCUGUACAGAAAUGUGUCUUACUGUAAUGUUUUUGUUUAGCUUUUUGCUCUCCUUGUACGGUUUUAGAUUUUUUGACUUCACCAUGUGACAUUUUAAUGAAUUUUUUUUUAUUCUCAGAUACUUUUUUUAUUUUAUUUUUUUUUUUUACUUUCCAGCAGGAUGUAGACCCAUUCGUAACAUUGGCAGGUUACUGAAUAACAGUGUUUCAUUAAACAAGCUGUGCACAUUCCAAAGGCAAAUCAAUUUAGCUCACAACUAACUUCUUUUUCUUUCUUUCCACCAAGAAAAGACACAUCACUGAAUUGUGAUGUUAGUUAGCAAGUGUGGCACUUACUCUUUUAUUCAGUCUAUGCUAAAAAGGGUUAUAUUAUGACAUUUGAAGUUGAGGAUAACACUAUAUACUGUAGUAGACAUAGCUGAAUUGAGAAAAGGAAUGGACCAAGGUUUGGCAAAAGAACCUUUAAGAUCUUUAUCCCAGCAGUUAAUUUGACAAUUUUGACCUGAUUUCAUCUUGUACUCUCCGCAGACUGUGUUUAUUUAUUUCACCAUUUUAUGCCUUUAAUGUGCUGCUUUAUCUUCCUCAGAAUGUCAUGCAUAUGUGAAGGAAGUAGGAUGUAACUUUUGUUUCUGAAAAUGUACCUUAAUUUUGUUCAUUUUGUAAUGAGUGAUGGUGAAAAUGAUGACGACGACAUGUAAGACCACUUGUGCUGGAGCGUUUCUACUUAUUCUUUUGUACUGAGGUAAUGAGGGUUCAAUGUGCAAUGCUUUUCAUGUUGUAUUACUGUAAUACUGAAAGAAAAAAGGUCCCCGACUGCACACUUUACAAGGGAAAGUUAUGGUGGACAUAUUUUUAGUUUCCUCAUAAAAAAUGAGUGGUUUUAAAGAAUUUUGAAGCGGUUUAAGCUGUGAUUAGACACUUGGAAGCGUGUCCCAUAUUGUAGCGGUACAUUUCCUGAGCAGAUGCUUGAUUAUGCUGCCUUAGUGAUGGAACUGCUUGAGUGGUGUGAAAAAGGCAGAAGAAUUUUACUUAAAAUGCAAAUAACCUUCCUAUGCCCAACAACUCUUAUCCAGUCAUUUCACCCCUCUUGCCCCUAUAAACCUUUUCUCAACAUAGUACUGUACAUUUCUCAGAAAAGUCUGAUGGAUGAUCGAGAUUUAGUCUCACUGGUGCACAUUAAAGCUUACUUGAAAGGAGUUUUUGA